AUGUUUCGUGUGGUAGUUUUCGUUUCCUUCGUCAUCUCGGCUCAAGCCAUCAUCGAUACCAACUGUACCGAUGGAACCAACCCAACUAAUGCUGCUAUCAACUGUGAUGAUGUCUAUUCCACAACUGCUUGCACAAAGCUCUACACUACCCCUCUCUACACUACCCCUGUUGCCCUCGAUACCACAGAGAGAGAAUUCGCUUGCUUCUCCUCUGACGAUACUACCAUCGAUCUUGAAGUAAGAGACAUCGCCAUUGCCAAUUGCCCCAAGACUUGUGGAUAUUGCUGUCUUAGCAAGGAAUACAACUGCAGAAACGCCGAGAGACCAAGAAUCACCUGCAGCACUAUCACCAGAGCUAUGUGCAGAGAUGCUACCUGGAGAGAGAUCAUCGCUCAAGAUUGCCCAGCUGCUUGUGGAUUCUGUCUCCUCGGAGGAUGUAUCGAUAAGGCCGUUGAUUGCGCUACUCAACCCACUAUGUGCUUCAUUGAUUCUUUCAGAAGCUUCGUAAAUACCAACUGUCAACGCACAUGCGGACUUUGCACUACAUCAUCGACCACUGGUUCCUCAUCCACCUGCACCACCAUUGCUGAUACCAGUCCAAACUGUGCCUCAUGGAGAAACAAUGGAUUCUGUACCAACACUUUCUACACUGUCGCUCAAAGAAGACAAUAUUGCUCCAGAACUUGCAAUAUCUGCUAA